UCCGUCACAACUCUCAAAAUUCGGAAAAUAACUGUGGCCGCUGACUAGAGUCCACUUCAACUCGCAUUUCACUCUUAAUUUACUCUGACAGGCUGAUACCAGUCCUUCGCUUGUCACUCGACGACACCACGUGUUCCAUCACUAGUUCCGUCUAAUUACCACAGAUAACGAGCUAACAGUUUAGCAGGCAUCCGCUGCCUUAGCUCCAGGAAGAAUGGCUCUCUCCGCCUCGCCGCUCCUGUCCUCGCCUUCAAAACUGCCAUCGCGAUCCAGGCUAACUCGAGAGAGCCCCCUGAAAGACUCCCUUGAAAUCACAAAUUCCAGGCUACCACGAGAGAGUCCCUUGAAAUCACCUCCAACGGCUCGGCGGCUUUUCGUAGAGGCUCGGAUAGCAGUGGCUCCAGAGCGACGACGAGCCACGCCGAACUGCUUCACCGUGCUGGGAGUCCCGUCUAGCGCCGGAGCUGACGAAAUCAGACAAGCUUACCGACGACUCGCUCGCAUUUAUCAUCCCGACGCAAGUGGUGCUCAGGACACGACGUCUAUGUUUUUGGAAAUCCACACCGCUUAUAAGUCCGCUCUCAAGCAUCAAGAGAGACGGCAGGCCAAGGCAGCCAUGGCGGAAUCAGUCGCCACGUCUUCUCCCGCUUCCAAAACUCCCCAAAGACCCGGCCGGAGAAGAGAUGAUUUCGACGACAUCUGGGACCUCAUGGGUGCUUCCCCUCGGCGUCAGGCCUCGCCGCGGCGACCGUCCACCGCCAAGCACGAUUGAGAGUCGUCAAACGCGGACCGGGCCAAUUAUUUUAUUCGUCAGAGGGUCAGCGACCAGACUACACGGGGUCAUACGUCCAAGCUUGGUGACAACCACUCCCACGUCCCUUAACUUUCAGUCUCUGUACAAAUUUGAGUUCUGGGGACGUGGCCAUAGGUUAGAUGAGUUGCUAGGUACGUGUAGAAUCCUCAGCAAGCUCUAGCACAGUACAAGAGCUGCCGAGAGAGCCACUUCCUAGGUUGAAUGGCCACUGCUGGCGCUGAGCACUUCAAGCUGGUUCUCCCCCAACGGCCGUUGGGGGAAUUGAUGUCACAGGUCUGCUGUUAGAUUAGGCGAGUUACACGCUAGCAUAGGAUUAUGUUUAGUAAAGUGAAAAGCCCAAUGUGUAUGUGAUAGUGAAAGUUAAAUGAUUAUAAGGA